AUGGCCGCCGCCGCCGGGCGCGCGGACCUCGCUGCCGCGACGUACAGCAUCAGUCGCCUCUCGGAGAUCCUGUCGCCCAUCCUCACCUUCCGCCUUACCCGAGACCGCGCGGCUGACCGCGCCGCCAUGCAGGCGAAACUGUGGGGGCCCAGCGGCGGCGGGGGCGGCCUGGUGGUCUGCCCCGAGGGCACCACCAGCCGCGAGCCGUUCCUACUGCGGUUCAGCCCGCUAUUCGCCGAGCUCGGCCCCGACGUGGCGCUGCACUCGGCGGUGGGCAUGUUCCUGGACCCCGUCGAGUGCGCCGGCGCCUGCGAUAGCCCGGAGGCGGCGCGCACAGUGGCGAACGAGGUACAGCGGCGGAUCGCGGAGGCGCUGGGGUACACGUGCACGGGGCUGACGAGGAGGAAUAAGUACCUCAUGCUCGCCGGCAACGAAGGGCUCGUCGACGUCGACCACGGCGCCAAGAAGAACACUACUUGUACUAGCUAG